GAAGCUGGACACAGCAACGGUGUUCAGGAGGAGCUGCCCAAAGACCUGCGCUGCCCUCUCUGCCUCUACCACACCAAACACAAGAGCAAUAUGAUCGACCACAUUGUCCUGCACAAAGAGGAGCGAGUGGCUCCGCUGGAGGUCAGCCGCUCUAAGCUGUCGCGCCACCUUCAGGGCCUGGUGUUUCGCUGCCACAAAUGCACCUUCACGUGCUCCAGUGACCAGGCCCUGCAGCUGCACCUGCAGAAGCACGCCGAGAUCAAGCCUUACCAGUGCCAGCUCUGCUACUACGACAGCAGUCGACGGAGUCAGCUGGAGGAGCAUCUCCGCCUUGAGCACAAGGUUCUACGUAACUUUGAGCUGAUGGGCCGGGUCAACCUGGACCAGCUGGAAAUGAUUAAGGAACGAGGGAGCAGCGCAGAGGAGGAAGAGGAGAGGGAGAUGAUGCAGAUGAUGGUCGAUGAAAAAGAUGCCGCAGACGAGGAGGAGGAGGAGGAGGAGGACAUUGAUGAAGACGACGACUACGAGGGAAUGGAGAUGUUGGAAAACACAGUGGAUGACCGGCGAGAUAUGGAUUAUGAAGAGAGAGAGGACAACAUCAAAGAGGAGGAGGAGGAUGAAGAAGAAGCAGAGGAAGAGGUGGAGGAGGUUAAGGAGAUGGAUGAAGAGAGGGCUGGCCAACAAGAGGUCCUUGCAUCUCCCACCAGCAGCAGCACUGGCAGUUCAGGGCCAAGCGGUGCAGAGAAGCGUCUUCCCUGCGAGUUCUGCGGCCGCUGCUUCACCAACAGCCUCGAGUGGGAACGGCAUGUUCUUCGACAUGGCAUGACGGUUAACAGCGGUCGGAUGGACACCAGCUCCACUUCAGCAAUGGACGCUUCAGCUUCAUCUUCCACUGGCUCCUCUGUCUUGACGGACACUGGACUGGAUCUGUCCGGCAACAGCCAAGAGCAGGGCGACCCUGCUGCUGAUCUGACACCAGGAGGUCCAAACCAGCACGUGGAGGACAAAGAUAUGCUUGACACCAAAAAGGAUCAACAGUUUGGUUGAACAGAUUGUGGCCUCUUGGGACGCUGUUCUCGACAAAUGAAUUAAGCACUGAGCUGGCUGUUUGAGAUGGAAGGAAAAUGCGAAGGAAAUGGAAAAAAAAAGAAAAAAAAAGGUGACUUUUUAUUUGGAACAUUAUUAGAUUUUAGAUGUUUCAUAUGUAAGUAUUAGGUUGUGCUGCAUAAAAUGGCUGAGCUCUUUAAAUGAGCGGUCCCAUAGGACAGAUCUUAAUAUAUUGGUAACCAAUAGUGAACAGAACUCUUUAUAUCUGACAUUGUGGUCAAAUCUACCGUGAAAGAUCCCACCUAGAUGAAAUCUUAAGCUAUUUAUAAACGGAUUUUGUCCCAAACUAAAUUGAAGCAUUUUAUUAUGGAAAGCACCUUUUACACCUCCCCCCUGCUCGUCCAAAAAAACAGGGUUACUGUAAAUUACCGCAGAGGAAACAAACACGAUAUGAAAGCAUUUACAAGCAUGGCCCGCUGUCUUUUAUUGUUUCUUGUUGAAAUCGGAGACGUUUUGACAUCUUAGCCGUGUGUUAACUGUGUAGAAGUAUUCCUUUAGGAAGAGUCGCACCUUAUUUAGAUUAGCAAAAAUCAUUCGUAGAAAUACUGACAGUUCCCCCCGAAUGUUUGUAGCAAAUUGCUAUACUUUAGGCCCCUUAUUAAUAUUAUACUACGUAUAAGCCUUCAGCCUGUGGCGCCCUCCAUAUUUUGAUUUUUUUUUUAAUUGCCUAAUAAUUUCACUGAUAAACAAACCGUGGAAACAACGGUGAUACUUAAAGCGUCCUUUCCCCCAGUAACAUGUCGUUUGUGGUGAAGUCUGUUGUGACCCGUAUGAAAGUCAAAUUCUUAGUGACCACAUGCAUUAAAGGAAAACUUGAGAAAUUGUGCUUCCCCCUGAGUCGAGCAAUAUCAUAUAUCAUUCUUUUCUUUGUUACGUGCCCACCAGUGACACUUGGUCCGAGGCUUGAAACUACAAUGCUAAUUCCGCACUUUUUAGACGGGACCUCAUUCCCAGAAUGUAAACAGUGUCCGCCGUCUUUGCUAACAGUUAUGCUAACAGAACGUGUCACUGGUGGGCACGUAACAAAGAAAAGAAUGAAGAUAUUUCUCAACUCAGGGGAAACUGAGGUUGGGAAGCACAAUUUUUCAAAAAUACUAAACCUAUUCUCAUAAUACAAAGCUAAAUGCAAAUCGGUGAAGUGUUCCUUUAAGUCUGCUGAGGUCUACGUUAGCGCACAGCCCCCAAAAUGUACGAGUCAGACUGAUGUGGACCCUCGCACAAGUACAAUUAGAACAAACACAUAACAUGGAAAGAAUCGAGUGGUAUCCUGCAACACAAACACAGGUUUUUCUCAAAAGUAUCGGCGCUACGACCACUUGAUACACUCGGCUUUUCAGUCCAAAAAUACUGUACGUGAUUAGACGCGUCAGAAUCCAGCUCUGUCCACAUGAACUUCUAAUAACAGACGGUGACCCGUGCGGUCCGAGUCAGUGGGUGUGAUCUGGUUUACUGGAUUUUUACUGACUGCACUUUGAACACCGUGUCAAUCCGCCAUGUGUGAGUGCUGAAGCCAGCGUGCAAGUGCCUUAAAAUGCAGUCCCUCUAACGGCCACAUUAUGGUUUUAAUUACUCACAGAAAACCGUUAGAAGCAACUCGGAGAAAAAGAAACACCCCCUACGCCAGGUUUCCCACGGGAAUGCAUGGCCUCAACAGCAGCUGUUUUCACUUCUCCUAAUGUGUGCCUUAGUGGCAAAUUUGGGAGUCAUUGUUUUAAUUAAGGUCAGAUCAAUUACCUCUGACUUCAUGGUAACAGUCAAAUAUGGCUCCGUGUCAACCCUGAGCAGAGCAGAGAGGUCCGUAAAGAUGGUGAAACGGCUCUGCUGUGUUUGCGUGACUGUCUCGUUCAGGUUCUAUCACAUGGUCCAUAUUUGGAUUUUCAAACUUGUGUCAAAUCCCCCCGCCCCGCCCCGCCCCCCCCAACGUGAACCCCUUUAAAUUUCCACCCUGUGUUGGCACAGCUGUCAUAGCCUGCGUUAGUGAGCUUCUUUUUAGGCGUAGUCGUCUUUUAGUGUUGAUAUUGACAAUAGACAGAGAUUGUAUUUGCUGGAAUUUGCUGCUUGAAUGCCCUAAAGCCUUAUUAGAAGUGAAGAGCAAUUAAGUCAAAUUUAUAUCCGAUUCCAAAAAAACUAAAAACAAGCUACGAUGAACAGUCUGAAAUUUAAGGACUGAUAGAAAUUUAUAGAGGAACACGGUUCGUCUAAUUGUGUUCUUGGUACCAAAAUAUUUACCAAGCCUGCUGUACUUCCUGCUGUGAUUGUCUUUCCCAAGCAUUGAACCUUUAAUGGUAAUGGAAAAAAUCUGGGUCUGGGCCAUAGGAUUUUAGGAGUAGAAUUCUAUGUGUGUAGCCCAGGUAAUCUACAUGUCUGCAGCCAUGUAUAGAAAAACAAAUCUACUCAUUAAGUGUUUGAAUUGUGGUGUUUCAGAAACAAUAAUUUAACCUUUUUUUUCCGUUAGGUGUUAUUACUUUAAAAAAAAAAAAUGAGAGAGAAAAAAAGAAAUCUGAAGAUGAUAUGAAUUAACCCUUAGGGACUUUUAAAUCCCCCAUUCCAACAAUAUUAUACUGUUGUACAAAGUCUGGUUACAGUGGAAAAAAAAACAACUCUUUUGUACUGUAAUAGAAAAGAGAAGAUAGGAGGUGCAGUGUGGUUGUACAAUAUUUAAUCCCAUGAAGGGAAAAUGAUGCAGUUUCCGAGUAAAGAGUAAUAGCCAGGGCUUUUAUUUUUAAAAGAGAAACAUGGCAAAGAAGGAGAGGAGAAAAAAAAUGUGCUCCGUUAGGAGCAUUGUCUUAAACUGCUUGUUUUUAUUUGUUUUUUGUUUUCUGGGCUUGACCACUAUCUGAGUUGACAGUCGACCUGUAGAUCCGUAUGAAAUCUAGCAUGUUCUUGUCUAAUGCAGAACCUUAACACUCCAGUCUCUUUUACCCCAAACAGCGGGACUGUCUUAGUCCAGUUGGUGCUCAAUAUCAAAGCCCUUUUCUUUUCUCUGUUUUACCGGACCAGCUUGUAGCUUUUUUGAAGUUAAACCAUUGUCGUAGUAAUAAGCUUUGUGAGGCAUCUUGAAAGCCCGUUGUAAACCAGAUGAUAUAAAUGGUACAAUCUGGGUAAUGAAGCUGUCAACCCAAAAUUGUCUGUUGUUCUGUGAUCAUUUUAAUAGAGAAUGACUAUGAAUCCCCUCACUGUGUGCAGUCUGAAGACUGUAAGACCCCCCGAGUUUACCCAAAGUUAAACCCCUGUUGAGAACACACUGGAUACUUGUAUAUAUGUUUAGUUUUUUUUCCGAAGCAUUUCUCUUUUCGGACUGUUGUCUCCAUAGUUUGACACUAGAAUCUCUCCUUCUUGCCUUUCUUCCUAUACAAAUCUGAUUACCUGAUGGUGGGUUGUGAUGUUGCCUAGAAUGAUUGUUUACAAUUUUAUUCCAUUUAUCUCUGGAUAUUCUGUAAAUAUUGUAAUUCAUUGUCUUUUUUUAACUUGAUAAUAAAGUUAUCAGAUAAUGGUCA